AUGGUAAACGGUGGAAACUUGAAAUUAAGACCCUUUUUUAAUCCCCACGAGACGCACCUCUCAUCCAAAUUUCAUCUGCGCAAGAUAGGUCUAAGUGCACUUUUUAUCGAUUUUUUUGACGAAAUUUUGGAGUUUACGCAUGAAGCUUUCCAGGUCGAAGGGGUCGUCGUGGAAAAACCAAAUUUGGUGAAAAGUGUGAAUUGUUUUUUUGAAAACAAACAAAGAAAUAUAUACCUGCUCAACAUGCCCAAAGUAAAGAGACAGUCUUUAGAAACCAAAAGAAAGCUUGCCAAGUUACAAAGAGCAAAAAAAUUAGAGGACAUUGUAUCGAGUGAACUGGUCAUUGAUAAAACUGAGGAAAAACGGUUAAAAAAUCGCAUGGCAAAAAGAAAAUCAAGGGAAAACCUUGAAAAAAGACAAGCUGAAAGGGAAAUUGACAAGAUUUCCAAACGAAAAGUAAGGGAAAAUACACAAACCCUAAAAAAAAUUAACAUCCAAAACAAAAAAGCAAUGUCCAAAAAAAGGGAAAACAAAGAUUUACGUGAUUUUGAAAAAGAGUCUGACAAAAGAAUUAAAAAACAAGUCCGAAAAAACGAAAUCGUAAAAAAAGAACAUAACCAACUUAACAAAGAAUGCAUGUCGUCAAAAAGGCAAGAUGAAAAUUUUCGCGAAAAUGAAAAAGAAGCGGACAAAACAGCUAAAAAACAAGUCCGACAAAGCGAAACUGUCAAGCAAAAACAUAACCAGCUUCACAAAGAAUACUUAUCCAAAAAAAGGCAAGAGAAAAGCUUUCGCGAAAGUGAAAAAGAAACGGACAAAACAGCUAAAAAACAAGUCCGACAAAACGAAACUGUCAAGCAGGAACAUAACCAGCUUCACAAAGAAUACUUGUCCAAAAAAAGACAAGAUGAAAGUUUUCGCGAAUGUGAAAAGGAAACGGACAAAACAACUAAAAAAGAAGUCCGACAAAUCGAAACUGUUAAGAAGGAACAUAACCGACUUAACAAGGAAAGCAUGUCCAAAAAAAGACAAGACAAAGAAUUCAGAGAAAUGGAAAAAGAAAGGGAUAAAAUUAAUAAAUCCCAGCAAAGGUUUUCUAAUCCAUCUCUUCUCGAAGUGGAGGCUGAAAGAAUUUCGCAAAAACGCCAAAGCGAAAGUUACAGAGAAAAGGAGCGAGCACACGAUAAAGAAGCCAAGAGGCGCAAAAAAGUCGUCGAGUCAACUGGAAGUCAAGCACCGGCACCCAUGCACUUCCCGCCCCGAAAUGUGGCCAAAAAUUCUGUGGAAUACUUUCGCCACAUGAUUAAAGAAGGUCCCACGGGAGUAUGCACAUCGUGUCUACGGCUCUGCUUCCCCAGAUUAAUGUCGAAAACUCCAAAACUGGACAAGGUACGAACAGAACGUCCCGAAUUGUACGAGAAAAUUUUCAACUAUCCAGAUUCGAACCAGUUUUGCAAAACUUGCCUAGAUUACCUUCGCAAAGACGAACACUCCAAUUAUUGCGCGAGCGAAUGCAAAAUUAUUUUCGACUUGCCCGAAAGAUUUAGAGAUCUGUCCACAUUGGAGGAACGACUGGUGGCCCUUAGAAUCCCGUUCAUGCAGAUACGGGCUUUCGGUCGCGAAAAGCAGUGCUCCAUAAAGGGAAGCAUUGUAAACGUGCCGCUCGACACGUCAUCCGUGGUAUCAGUCUUGCCACGCAACCUGGACGAUACACAAACCAUUCAGGUUAAGCUAAAAAGGAGACAGGCGCACGAUAGCCACUACAUCCUGGAGACAGUCCGACCAGCUAUAAUACUGGGUGCACUGGAAUUCCUUAAAACGCAGCCGUUGUACGCCAACGUCAACAUAAACCCAGAUUGGGUAGAUGGACUCGAAAGAGACGCAGUUGGCAACGUACAAAUCGAACACAACGAUAACGUCGACGACGAUUUCGAUAAAACUUUCAGUACGAUCUCUCAAUUGUCGGACGUGUUGGAAAAAGUUUCGAUUCUGGAAAAACAGGCUGCGGAAAUACCGCCACCCCAGCAACCGACCAAACACACAGUGGAGUCCGAAUUCGAUCGUGAGGAUGAAAACGAACUCAUUAAUCCAGGCGGCGAAGAAACGUUACUGGACGAGCGUGACCCACUGGCAAACAUUGUUAUGGCACCCGGGGAAAACCAAAUUCCCAAGCACAUAAUGCUUGACGAAUAUGCCGAGGAAAUGUCCUUUCCGACCAUUUUUGCUGGAAACAAAAAAGCAUUCAACAAAAAAAUGCUCUACCACAACCAAGCAAAACUGCAAUCGGCAUAUGUAGAUCGCCGGUUCGCACGGCCCGAUUUCUUGCUCUUCAUGUUCAAGAAAAAACAACUGCUUGCCACCAACACUGCCAUCCAAUUGGCCAUAAGAAAACUGGAUGACAGAACCAGCAGAAAACACACGGUGGCCGACGUGAUGAACAUCGACUACCUAAAGCAGCUGAUCAAGCAAGAUCAAGGAUUUGGGUUUAUGAGUUCCAUCAGAUCGGCACCUGCUUACUGGGAACUGCAAAAAAACAAGCUGAUGGCGAUGGUGCGUCAAUUUGGCGCGCCAACGUUCUUCGUCACGAUCAGCGCCGCCGAAUCCCUUUGGCCAGAACUACUGGUCAUACUUAGCCAAGUGGUGGACCGCAAACACUUGAGCGAAACGGAAGCGCUGAACUUGAAAUCAGAAGACAAAUGUCGACUGAUCCGAACCGAUCCUAUCACUUGUGCUCGGUAUUUCGACAACAGGUUCCACCUACUCCUGAACCAAUUAAAAUCCCAGUUCAGCGUUUUCAAACAACAUCCGAUGAUCCACUACUACUACCGAGUGGAGUUCCAACAGCGAGGCAGUCCGCACGUACACAUGUUGUGCUGGCACGAAAACGCGCCGUCGGUCGAGCCGGGAUCUACCGACGAAGAAAAAAAGAUCGUGUGCGAUUUUAUCGACCAAUACGUAACUUGCGACAGCGAACUGCCCGAAGUAGUAGAUUUAAUGCCUUUACAGAAGCACAGACACAACAAGUCGUGCAAAAAAGAAUUUAAAGGCAAAACACUGUGCAGAUUCAACUUUCCGUGUUUACCGAUGGACGAAACCACCAUCAUCUAUCCACAUUCACCGUUGAACAUUACGGCUGAUUCGUGGAGAGCGGCAACUGACGCAGUGGAAAAGUGCAAAGAAUUCCUGAGCACAAACAAGGAGGAUCUGGAUGACCUGACGUUUCAAGGAUUCCUCGAAAAAAUGGGAUUAACCAAAGUAUCCUACCUGGAAUCCUUAAGAACCGUCACCAAAAAGGCGACUACAAUGUUAAAACGAAGACCGAAAGAUGCCUUUGUCAACAACUUCAACAAGGACAUCUUGGCUUUGCAGCGCUCCAACAUGGACAUCCAAUACAUUUUGGAUGCGUACGCCUGCCUAACAUACAUAGUCGCCUACAUGAACAAGUCCAACAGAGGCGUGUCAAAAAUCCUCGCCCAGGCCAUGAACGAAGUUAAAAACAACAAUGUGGAGACAAUAGAACAGUUCAGGCUACUCGGAAAAACAUUUCUCAACGCAUCCGAGGUUAGCGCGCAAGAGGCAGCAUACGACCUUUUGCAACUACACAUGUCCGAGGCUGACACAAUCAACAUCUACAUAAACACGCAGCCGAUGGACAAGCGAGUUCGCAUACUCAAACCCAAGCACGAACUCCUACAAAUGACCAAAGAUGACACGGACGUGUACAAGUUGGGAAAGAUCGACCAUUACGUCCAGAGGCCAGACAGCCUCGAGAACGUAUGUUUGGCUCGGUUUAUUGCGUAUUACACCGCAAAACAAAAGGAAACCGACUUGCAACUAAAAGAUAAGUCUGCUUACUUACAUUUGAGAAACAAACCGAGCGUAAUCAGUUUCAAAUGUCCGGGUCUUUUGCAGGAACCACUCGAAUACUAUCGUGUUCAAUUGAUGCUGUACGUACCGUGGAGAGACGAGCUCAGAGAGUUGAUCAAUAUUGAUCACGAAGCCGUCUACGUGGCGUACAAAGAAACCAUCCUGGCAAACAGCGAGGAGUUCAACCGUCUCCAGCAGCACACACUCGAAGCUGCUAUGGAGUUGGCCGAAAAAAACGCCGAUCUAGGUUUCGAAGAUGCGGAAUUCGUACCCGACAGGGAAUACGAAGUCUACUACGUCGACAAACCGGACGGCGAACCAAUAUUACUCAAGGGUAAAGGUGACGCUCCCCGAGCACCAAAGUCCACCAACAAAAAAGGUAAGGACGAUACGUUUACUUUUCCCACUCCUUACCAGAUAGAGGAAAAAGAGUUUCGCGAAAUAAUCGCCCAGCUCAACAACAAACAACACGAGUACCUAAACCACGUGCUCGACAACGUCAUCUCCAAAAAGAAGUUCUACGAGGUGGUAGUAGGAGGAGCGGGGGUCGGUAAAUCCCGACUGAUCAAGGCGAUCUACCAAUCUCUGCUCCGCCAUUUCAACUCGAUUCCCGGAAACAAUCCGGAAACGAUAAAGAUAAUGCUGACGGCACCGACGGGAAAAGCCAGUUUCGCCAUAAGAGGCCUCACCAUCCAUUCGUCGUUCGGCAUCCCAGUCAACACGUCCAAAGAGGACAUCUUGCCGCUCAGCCACGACAAAGCCAACACGCUCUACACACUGUUGAGCGAGCUAAAGUUGAUAAUCAUCGACGAAUUCAGCAUGGUUGGUAGCACCAUGCUGGCGCAGAUACACACGCGUCUGCAGCAAAUAUUCAAAAACAACUGCGACUUUGGCGACAUCCCGAUCAUCAUGUUCGGCGACCUGAACCAACUGGCGCCGGUGGGCGACCAGUGGAUUUUCCGGCCGAACAAGCGCAACCCGUACGGACUGCUAUGCGGAACCUACUUGUGGGACAAGUUUGCGUUCUACGAAUUGACGGAAAUAAUGCGCCAGCGAGAGGACCUCGCAUUCGCCGAGGCCCUUAACAACAUGGCGAGUAACAAAAUGUCCGUCACGGACGUUCAGUUGUUCGCCAAACGACAGGUGGACGAAAAAAUGAUCGUUCCCGACAACAUUAUCCACCUGUUUGCUACCAACGCUGAAGUGGAUCAGUACAACCACCAUCGACUGUCCGAAUUCGAAACGGAAAGCGCCGAGUCGGUCGCAACCGACAUAAUCAAAGGUAGCUGCCCGGAAAAGGUAAAGGAAGCGCUGCUUAAACGAGCACGCAUUCUUAAAAAAACCGAGUGCUUCGGUCUAAUGCAUUCCAUUAAGUUACAGGUAGAAGCGAGGUACAUGAUAUCGAUGAACAUCGACACCAACGAUGGCAUCGUGAACGGUGCCACCGGUAUCUUGAAAAAGAUCGACUACGACAACGAUCAAACCCCCAAACAGAUCUGGAUCGAGUUCAUGGACGGGGACGUGGGCGUCAAUUGUCGGAAAAAGGCGCGCGACCAGGUCGCGGCCGCCGGCCAUCCCGACACCUGGACGCCCAUCAAAAAAGCGGCACGAGUAAUUCAAAGUCGCAAGGGCAACGCAGUCAACGUCGAACGCCAGCAGUUCCCUGUUUUCGUGGCCGAAGGCAUCACGAUUCACAAGGCACAGGGAGGCACAUACCAACAAGUGGCCGUCCAUCUGAAACCAGGUAUGAUGCGCAGCGCGCUCUACGUGGCAUGCAGCCGGGCUACCACGAUAAACGGCCUGUACAUAUUUGGUAAGUUUAAAAAACCCGUUUCGACCAAGCUCGAUUCCAACGGAAACGAACUGAUUAAUUUGAGAGUAAACAAAAGCCUGGUCACCAAGUUUGACGAGCAAUUCGUUGAAGGCUCGAUUCUCGUGACAUAUCAAUCAGUUCGUUUCCUGAACAAGGAACUAACCUUGAUUCGCAAUAACCCCCUCUUUAAAAACGCAAACCUAGCAAUCUUCGAAGACGAAGGUGCGGACGAAAACGACGUAAGUCAGUACCCAAACCUAAACGACGAAUUCCGUCAACAAAUCUUCCGUUCGAUUGACGAUUUGUUUAAUAUUGUUUGCUUUUACAGAGACCCGGUGCUUAAACUCAGCACUUACGUCAGCGGGGCUGAUACGCACCAACUGAUCAACGUUCACCUGGGCGAAGACAAUAAUGCAACCAAAAUUAUUGUCCUGAACAAGCGACCCAACCCCACCCAGGUUUUCGAAGGAGCAUUAAUCGUAGAUGGCGCGAUGCCGACCGACGAUACAGCAAAGUACCUGUUGAUCGGAAAAUGGCACGACACCAAAGACCGACAACAAGUCGUGGACCAUUUCCCAUCGCUGGAACUCGAAUCGAUAACGACCACUAUCGACUACCACGCUGUUUGCUCUUUCGUCCAUCCGCUACACGGAAGCGAAUUCGUCCGAAGCGAAACGCACGCCACCGUGCACAGCAAAAACCUUGCGAUAUCGACACGACUAUCCGAUAAAGCUAUCUGCCGCCCAAAGGCGGAAGAGGAUAAGCUGGUAGAAUCGGCAACGAUGGACGUUGACGACGAUCUCUGUCCAUUGUCGAACGAAAGUGACGACAGACGGAGUUCGUCUGCAAUGUCCAUCAGUGCGGAUCCUUCCGAACACGGUUCGAUCGCCGACGAAAAAAAGAGCGACGAUAGCGCGAUGUCAAUAUCGUCGACAAGCAUACAAAGCUCGUCGUCGUACAAAGACUACCGCGAAUCGUACGAUAACAAAGGUCUGAAAAACUCGGACGGAGUUUCUUGCUACGCCAACGCAACCGUUCAGUGCCUACUUUCCCUUCAGGAAUUUAGACGAUGGAUUAUGCAGAACGCAGACGAAAAUGAUGCGUGCAAAGCGAUCGUACGCAUAAUGCUUUCCAAAAAGAAAAACUGUUGGGAACUGAGAACACUGUUGACAUUCCAAUGAAGUUUUCUCUUUUUAUUUUUCAGAAAAUAAAAAGCUGAACUGGGAUUUGAACCCAUAUAGACCUGGUUCAAAGCGAACUGCCCUAACCAAUUCGACUACCAAGCCUUCACAUAAAAUUGUGCAUUGAUGUUUGAGCGUACCUUAAUAAUCUCUUUUAUUUUUCUGAAAAACAAAAAAGCCCUGUCGAGAACCGAGCCACGGACCUCUCGAUCCGUGGAUCUGGUUUUUAGAUAAAUAAGUAAAAAAGUUACUACGCCCCCUAUGGACAAAAAGCAUAACUAACGUUGGUAAAAGUAUAGAUAGCUUUAUUUGUUUUUAUAUGUUUAAAUUAGAUAAUGGUAGAUGGCGUUGUUUUAGAUAAGGUAAAUAAAAUAAAACUAAAUAAAUAGGCCCCCUAUGGAUAAAUAGUGUAACUAACGUUGGUAAAAUAUAGAUAGCUAUAUUUGUUUUAUAGGUUUAAAUCAAAUAAUGGUAGAUGGCGUAGUGAA